UGGACCUGUCACUCAGUUCUGUGCCACUUUUGUCAUUAUAGAAUUUUUCUCGGGGCCUCUCUGCUUGGGAUUGUCCACAUUUGCCAUCUGUGAAUCGAGAUCCAGGUAAUCGUCUCUAAGGAUCCUUAUUGAGAAACAUGGCCGAGACUCAGACGAAUGAUAAUACUACUUGCGUAGUUUGUUUCAAGAAUGUCUUGUAUUACUCAAUUGGGGAAUGUGACCACCCCGUUUGUUUUGAGUGCUCGACUCGUAUGCGAGUGCUUUGCUUGCAAAACGAGUGUCCAAUCUGUCGGCAGGAUCUUUCAAGGGUUGUCUUCACUGAAACAAUUCAACCUUAUAAAGAACUCCGCAAUAAGGUGUUUAGUGAUCGUCUGUUUGAAAGGCAGUUCAAGAUAGGGUUCUGUACUGAAGAAAUAAAAAAAGAAUAUGAGAAACUUCUGGAACAUCGUUGUAAGACAUGUGAUAAAAACCCACCAUUCCAUACAUUCACUAUGCUGAGUGACCACAUGCGGCGGGUCCAUGAGCGCUAUUACUGCGACCUUUGCGUUAAGCAUUUGAAGAUAUUCACCAGUGAACGGAGAUGCUAUACACGACAAGAGCUGGCUCACCAUCGACGGAAAGGUGACAUUGAUGACACAUCUCAUAGGGGCCACCCAUUGUGUGAGUUCUGUGAAGAACGCUUUAUGGAUGCUGACGAGUUAUACCGUCAUCUCCGCAAGGAGCAUCUCUACUGCCACCUGUGUGACGCCGAUGGCAAGAAUCUGUACUACCCGACGCACUCCGCACUCGCACACCACUUCCGUACUGACCACUAUCUCUGCGAGGAAGGGGAUUGCGCUGGAGAACAUUUGACUGCCGUCUUUAGAAGUGAAAUUGAUCUCAAAGCUCACAAGGCUACGGUGCACGGCAAGGGCAUGCCGCGCGGCGCGGCGCGACAGGCGCGAACACUAGAGUUGCAGGCACCCUCCAGGGCUUACAAAGGUGCUGAAGGUCUGACCCGCAAUGACAAGAACUUCCCCGCGCUGGACGGCUCGGGCACGGCCCGCAGCGCGCCGCCGCCCGCGCCGCGCCCGCACGCGCCCGUCGCCGCUGCUAUACUUAGAAACUCGAAGCCAAGCGUGUCCAUCCAAGUGCACAGCCAGCCCGCGAGCGCUAGCAACUUCCGUCUAACGCAGACCAGCACCAACCGCAUCUCCAUACCAGCCAAGAAGAAGCCAAGUCACAUUAGCGAUGAUGACUUCCCUUCCCUUGGCCCCAGUGUGCCCCGGGACGACCAUCCCAGCAUCGGAUCUGGCACUAUACAGCCACCAAAGGUCGCCAUGAUCAAUAGUGAAGAAAUGCAAGCGUUUAAAAGCAAGCCUGCGAAUCAUCAGCCAAGGAAAACAAAUCAUAAAAUCAUGGAGGCUUUUCCAGCGCUAACAUCGACUACUACUCCCUCGGCCCCGCCGCAGUGGAUCAAUGUCUCCAAAGGAAACAACAAGCCGAAGCCCCGAGCCGAGCCCACGCCGCCCCCCGCCAGGGCGCCCGCAUUCAACCCUGUAGCAGACUUCCCAACACUGCCUGCCAAUACAAACAAGUCUAAAGUCAUCAAAUCCCAGCUGCAACCAACACCAGCUACAACCACUACUAAAAUAAUCAACACCGAAGCUAAGUCCAAGAAGGAAAAGAAGAAGCAAAACAGCAACCCCAAGAAAGAAAAUCUAUUUGACACAAACCACUUUAAUGGUUUAUGCGAGAAUAAUAAUACAGAAAUGGCCUACAUCACACCCAGUGUGAAUAGCAACAACCAAAGCUCGGAGACGGACAGGAAAAUUAAAACUAUAACUGAUGCUCCUGUCACUUCGGGUAAUAAAAACAAAAACAACUUCACUCUGACACAGAAAGAGUAUCCUCCGUUGACUGCUAACAACGAUAACCAUAUCCCUGAACGUCAGUGGAAACCUGUCAAGGCUAACCAAAAUGGCGUGACUAACCAAAAACGUCCAACAGUCAAAUGUGACGGAAUGACUUUCACUAACUCAGCAGGCCAAGUGUUCCCUGCUCCGGUCCACACUUUCAUCCCACCACCGGACUUUGAAUUGAGAAACCGAGCAUUGGUGAAGAAGUUUACCAUUGCCUUAGGUGAUAUUGCAGCGGUUGAAAACUUUAAAGCAGCAUCCAGAGCAUUCCGAGACAGUAGUAUAAGUGCGGAUGAUUUCUACCAGUCUUGCCAGGCCGUUUUGGGUUCCCAACUUGAGAAUGUAUUCCCGGAUUUGGUUGCUUUAUUGCCUGAUAUAGCGAAACAACAAGAAUUAGUGAUUGGAAGAGAUAUUAGUUCUUUAUUGGAGGUGUGCACUACUUGUGGACAACUGGUUGUCCCCGAUGACCGUAUUGCUCAUGACACGGCCCACUGGCCUGCACUAGCCCCGCGUUAGACAAACACUAUUGUGUUACCACUUAGAUACUCCCCUGUAGUGAAUUCAUCACAUUCUGCAUUGAAAAGACGAUAGUGGCUGGCAAAUAACCUAAAAAAAUUAAUUGCAGUUGAUUUUUUUGCUUAUUUCGGAUUUGAAGAUUGUAAUUAAUGCUUGUAUGACUGUUGUCAAUUACUUUGUAGAUGCUACGCUUCAUGCUUGAGGUAUUGCCAGUCCCUAUGUGCUGUACUCUGUCUAAAAACGUGAGAUUACAAAUAAGUUUGCUUUGAUUCAUACGAAUUAUUUCUGGGUUCUUAUUCUUAUAAAGAAUUUUUUGACAUUUAAUUUUUAAAUACAGAUAAAAAUGUAAAUAAUAAUAUAUUUUAUUAAUUUUAAUAAUGCAUUAUAU